AGAGCCAAGAAGGUGAGCGGUGACUGAUUCUGUCUGACUGCGCGGCUUUAAAACAACAACUCAACAAUAAGGGCUUGUUCUUUAAUCCGGCUACUAAACUGGUUUCAAACUGUGAUUUCCCUUUCACCUUGUUUAGAAGAGAAAGUAAAAGCAGGUAAAGAGGAGGUGAUAAAACUACGGGACAAGGAGGGCAGGUAGGGAUUUUCUACCUGAGCGGCGCAGUUGGAGUUUAUUUUAACGGGAUGAGAUGUCACACAUGAUGGAUAAAUCUGCUGAAAACUCAGACGAGGACAGAGUGUCCCUCAAGAGCAACGGGAAGACCCCCAGCGACGGGGCCGUGAAGGAGACGAUGGGUAUGCUGCAGACAUUCAGGAAGAGCAUCCGGCGAGCGGCUGAGAAGAGCCCGAUGUUGUCUGGAGGCAAGGGGUCAAAGUCCACGCCCAGAUCAGACGCUGCUGAUAAUGAGUCAUGGUCCCCACCGCCUCCAUCCCCCAGUCUGAGUGCCGGCUGUCCUAUGACCUCUCCUAUGACCUCUCCUAUAAAAAGCAUCGCAGGCUUAUUUCAGAAAAAAGACGAGGAGGAGGUCGACACCACUUCACAGAAAAGCAAAGGUCUGACACGCUCCAAAACAGAUCCCAACGGGGUCAGGUUGGGUGACUCUCUCAUGAAAAAAGGAGCUUUGCUACGUAGAAGUCUGAAAUUCAGCACCAAGAAGGACAAAGAUAAAACCAACAGAAAGGAGCAGCUCGACCAUGUCUCUGAAUUCUCGGGGGAGGAGAAGAAGGAGGAAAAAGAGGAGGAGGAGGAGGAGGAGGAAUGUGGGGAGAUGGAUGAGACCUACAUACUGCCAGAACUGCCCCACACACCACUGUCAGUGAUGCAGAUCAAUAAUCUGAUCGAGAUGGAGGUGCUGGAGGAGGCUCACCUGAACCUGCUCGCUCUGCGGCGGGAGUUCCAGCAGGAGCAGGAACGCUGUGGCGAGGACUCCCCCAUGGAGCUGGCCAAGAAGGAGAAGGACCUGAACCUUCUCUACGGACACUUGAGGAACAAGGUGAACACCAUCGCGCGCGACUCCAACUCCUUUCCCUCCAGAAACAAGGGGCUGCUGGUUCCUGUGGCCCGCAUCAUCCAGGAGGAGGAGCGGAGAGAGGAACAACCGGGCGGGCUAACCGACAGCUGGAUGGAAGCCUGGAGGGAGGCGGUGUGCGAGGGCGUGCAGCUGAAGGUGGAGGGCGUUCACCUGGAGCAGAGGGAGAAGAACGUCUCCUGGUUGGCGGUUCACUUGGGUCUGCUGGGGAAGGCCAUCGUGGAGGACUUGGAGAUCGUGAGGAAGCAGCUGCGGUGGUCGUACCCGCCCAGCUUCAAGGUGUUCAGCACCUACGUGAAGAGUUACCACCGAGUCGUUGGGCAGCACCUGAAGAAGCUGGAGCCACAGGUCACGGAGCUGAAGGAUCUGUACGCUCUGCUGGACUGGAUCAUCAACCGCUACAAAAGCGAGAGGGUCAUGGGAAGUCCCUCUCUGCAGCCAGACCUGAAGGAUGCGAGCGCUGAUCUGCAGCUGGAGGACGACUUCCUGAAGCAGCUGAAGGAGAAGUACUGCUGCAGAGUGAAGGAGACCCUGAGAUCAUUACUGGACAAUAUCAUUGAACUUGAAAACAAGGAGGUUUGGAGCGUAGAAAAAGCUCCAGAAAGGGGGGAUAACGUCCUGAUUUCUAACAUUGACAUGGACAUCCAGACGAUAGUGAAAGGAAACAUUAAGAGCUCUGGACAGAUCGAUGCUCAGCUGGAACAGAGAGUGACCUCCUCCUGCCUCGAAGAGUUAAAACAGUUUCCUAAAAGAUUCGAGACAGAGUUCAGACGGCACUGCGGCACUCUCAGACCACAGACUCUUUGGACCGAGUAUCAUAUAACAUACAUCAACAGCUUCACAGCUCUACAGGAACACAUGGAGGGGUACCAGGCCGCCUGUCCGCAGGAGGUGGAAGGAUUCAGAAAAGAAGUGAAGUGGCUGAUUGUGAGGCUCACACAGGACCUGGAGGACCAGUUCAAAGAGGAUGUCAAGCUCUGUCUGAGGAGAAUGAUGACCAGGAAGUGGCUCACCAAUGAUGACGACUUUAAGAAGCUUCACAAACAGACGGAGCAGCUCUCUCGUCACUGCACUCUCAUGAGGACUCCACACGCUCAGGAGUUCGCGAGUCGAUUGCACUACCACGUGGUGAGGGAAUACGUCGGCUGCCUGAUGAAGAACAAUUACUCGUGCAAGAACCGCAAACACGAGCAGGCAGCGACAAAGAUCCGAGAGCAGUGGAGGAAACUUAGAGAUCUUUUUGCGGAAAUGGAGUCGACUCACGAAUGGCUCCACCAUGUUGGAGAGGACCUGAGUGACAUCAUCAUACAGAAAAACAAGACAGACAUUAAGAGCCACCUGCAGCCUUUAGUAGAACACUACCCAGACUUCAGUAAGAAGCACCUGGUGGCUGUCCUGUACUUCAGAGGUCUGAUCAGAGGCCGAGAACACCAGCUGAUCCUUCAGAGAUUCUCACAGCUGAAGAAAUCAUGCAGCAACUCCUGUGACAAGAGCCGACUUUUAUUCAGUGACAUGGAGUUCACCGUCAAUACCGACUGUUUCUCCAAUCUGCCCUUCUCCUGCCUCAGCGUCUUUCUUCCCGACAACUAAUGCAACAAGUCAAGAGGACGAACAUUUAAAGCUCAAGACUUUACUAGCUACAGACUGUCUCAGGUGGUUGGACACAUUUUGACACAAACUGAGCUUCUCCCUGCCAAACAGCUUCACUUAAAUCAUCUGCACCUUUAGUACUCAAGCUGCAAAGAUUAGUCGAUUAAUCGCUUGGCUUAUAAAAAACAACUAAAUAUUCAUUAUUUUGAUAAGCGAUUAGUCAUUUCAGUUUAUUGUAAUAUAAAAUGUUACAAGUUACAUCUUUUGCAGUGAGGGAACUUCUGCUUUACAUGAUAGUAAAAAACAUUUUUAGUUUAAACUUUACCAAAGAAGCAGUUUGACGAUUUCCUUUAAGGUUCUCAAAAAUGAAUUACACAAUAUAUUUUUUUUUUAGUGUCAGUAAAAAUAGAGAGUCUGUAAAUAUUUAAAUAAUUUAAAAAAUCAAAAUAAUGGCAGCGCUUUUUUGCACACAAUCAGUGUACCUUUGUGUGUUGUCCUUGAUAAAAAAUAACCAACUACCAUCCAAAUGUUUUUUAUAAAACUUGUAUUGACUAAUAGAUUAACCAUUAUGGCAUUAUUUUCUUUCUCACACUGUUGCUGCUUAUUUCUUUUAAGUUUAUUUAUAAGACAGUGGAUAGAGUCAGAGACAGGGAUGACGAUGUGAAGCCAAUGUGGAAGUGAAAAAAACUGCAGUUCCCUGACCCUACACUUAAAUCUGGCUGCAAAAACCAAAGAAUGCUUAAUUGAUCAAUUAAAGUAUUAGUAUAAGGAUUAUUGUGACCAAAGUACAUAUAUAUAUAUAUAUAUAUAUAAAUAACACAACAGCUUAUCUUUAAUAAACAUUUAAAAAAAGUCAAAAAGAUUAAUCUAAUACAGUCUUUACAUGUUUUAAACAAAUUACAAUUCAAACUGUGACCUUAAAGAUUUGUGAAUUUAUUUCUGUUCUUUAAAGAUCCUCUGAGGAACGUAUGGUUUAUGUUGAUUUUGGCGCCACCUGUAGACAAAGUGGUACAUAUUAUACAUUUUCUGAUCCUGCUCUGUACAUAUUUGGGUAAUGAUUUCUGAUGACAAAUUUCAACUUGCUUUCUUUUACAAGUCAAAUGUGUGGGAGCCAUAUUUAGGGUCUACAAAGUGUGACACACAGUUUGCUCGAGCAGGUGUCACCUCUGGGUUCAGGUCAUGCACUUUAUAGGUAGUUAACUUUCAUUCGGGUGUCAAGUGAUGCCAAACGAUGAGCUCAAACUGCUUUUUGCAACUACACAGUGCUACGACACGCAAGGUAACGCAGAGUUUUAUAGGAGUGAAAGUUUGUAUGAAAAUUUACAGACAAUGUUGGAAUCUAUUGAAGCGAUUAUUGGAUGAGAGAUAAAUCCUCAACUAAAGAAAGAAGACAUUGGACUUUCCAUGAGAUACUCAUGAGCGAAGCAAAGGCGAGCGCGUCAAUGAAUAAAUUAGCGUGUCUAUGUAGCCCCUCAGUGGCUUUAAAUUUAGGCUUAACCACCAUCAAUCGAAUCAUUCACAGCAAAUCUCGCCUCGUCUGACACCUACCUGGUGGCAGCAAUGACAGUAAUUUUUUACAACUCUACAGAAAUAUUCAAGCUCGUCCCUGGUGGUUUUGUUCCCUUCUGCAGGUCAUAUAGAAGCAUCAUCAGUCAUUUCAGUCUGUUUCAUAAUCAGUCAAAACUUCCUUAAAAAAGCAGUAAAAGCAAAAACCCUGAUCAUUUUUGUCACCACUCACAGAGCACAUUAAACAUGACUUAUGAAGCGUUUCAGGUAUGAAACUGCUUCCAGUACAGUGAGGACUGAUUUCUGGGAAAAGAAAAAUGUUUUCACAAUCUACUCUGGAUUACAUUCAAAGUUUGGGGGAGUAUGACAGGGUUGUGAAACUUGUUGAAGCUUUCAGCAGAUGUAACAAAUUAAAAGCUGGAUGUAGAGCCACAGCGUUGACUGUGAGGAGGUUUUUCUCAACGGUUUGAGUUUUGAACAACAGAUCAUCUCAUUAAAACUAAAUAACCCUGAAACUCUUUGUGGUUAAUUUGUGCUGUUUGUCUAUUAAGGAACUGAACCGUGCAGAUUGCAAAAUGUAUCAUGUGUGUAAGCCCUCCAAACUGCCAACACACUGAAAUAUGAGUUUAUGUUGUGAAAUGUGUGUGUGCUUCUGUUGUCUUUCUAUUAAAUAUUUAAUUCCA